AUGGAUCGCGAUCAGAUCCUCUCCCAGCGGGAGGUCGAAGGCAUGAUUGCCGACGGUGAUAGCAUUGUCAUUUUCCAAGAUUAUGUCCUACGCCUCAACGGAUGGCUGGACAAGCAUCCUGGAGGCUCUCUGGUUAUUCAGCAUAUGGUGGGCCGAGACGCGACCGACGAAAUUACAGCUUAUCACUCAGCGGCUUCGCUUCGAACGAUGGCGGCCUACCGGAUCGGCCGGAAGCAAAUGGGGCCCUGGAUCAGUAAGACUCCUCCGAUCAGGGGAGGCAUCUUCCGCAAAUCGAGCCUCCACACCCAGCCGGAGAUUCCGGACAUGUCCAUCUCAGAUCCCGAGAGCAGUUCAGACACAGACGAUUACUCCGAUGAACUGAGCUCAACCAACACACCCGCAUCACUCUCUCAGUGCAGCAGCCCCAGCUUGUCCAGCAUCGACGGUCCAGGUGUUCGUAUCCCUAGCCUUAGCCUUGGUGUUAGCCAGAAGGGCAUUCGCAGGCGAAUUGCUUCAUCAUCAGCAUCAUCUGGGGUGGAAAAGGGCCUACGCGACUAUCCGUCUUUAGAUCCCAAGAUACGCGAUGAGGGGCUCUAUAACUGCCGAUAUGUGGAGUAUGGCAAGGAGAUGCUUCGAUACACGACUUUGUUUGCCUGCUUCCUUUUUACCUUGCACCAUGGAUGGUAUAUGACCUCGGCUGUCUUUCUAGGGUUGUUCUGGCAUCAAAUCAUGUUCACGGCUCAUGAUGCUGGUCAUCUAGCCAUUACUCAGAUAUUUGUCAUCGACACGCUCAUCGGCAUGUUCAUCGCUGAUUUUUGCUGCGGCCUCUCCAUUGGCUGGUGGAAGAGCAGCCAUAAUGUCCACCAUCUGAUAACAAAUCAACCAGAGCAUGAUCCUGAUAUUCAAAACGUCCCCCUCUUCGCCACAUGCCCUUCCUUCUUUAGAUCACUCCGUUCCACCUACUAUAAUGGCUUCGUCUUUGUCUGGGACGCCGUGGCAGAUGCCCUCGUUCCCUACCAAAAGUACACAUACUACCCGAUCAUGGGCGUUGCCCGCUUCAACCUCUAUUUUCUGUCUUGGCUGCACCUCUUGUCGGGCAAAUCUUCAUCAUUAGGAUCUACCAAGGCAUGGUGGAUUCGUCCCACGGAAAUCACUUUCUGCGCUGCUUACUGGUUCCUCUUUGGCUACUGCCUGGUUUGGCGCUCAUUACCAACAUGGACAAUUCGUGUGGCCUUUGUGCUCGUGUCACACAUUGUAACUAUGCCAUUGCACGUCCAGAUUACUCUUUCGCAUUGGGGUAUGUCAACGUCAGACUUGGGCGAGACCGAAUCUUUUGCCCAGCGACAAUUGCGAACCACAAUGGACGUGGAUUGCCCUGCUUGGCUUGACUUUAUCCACGGCGGACUCCAGUUCCAGGCCGUUCACCACUUAUUCCCAAGGAUGCCACGACACAAUCUCCGCCGAGCGCAGACCCUAGUCAAAGAAUUUUGCGCAGAUACGGGUAUUCCUUAUUCUAUUAUGGGCUUUGUUGAUGGCAAUCGCACGGUCCUUGGCCGGCUAGACGAAGUGAGCGAGCAGCUCAAUAUGAUGUUGAGCUGCCAAAAGUACAUGGCUGAGACAGGAGAAAGCGGAUUGCACUGA